GCUUAGCAUACUGGACUAAUCAGGUCAAGGACAUGGGUGGAUUUCACUCUGGUUAACUCAUAUGACUUCUUCAUUACAAAGCCACAAAUUUUCCCCUGACUCUGGAUAAUGUACUACAAAUGUGAGCUGUUAGUCAUAAGCCUCCGGGACUUGAGAGGCUCCGCCGACCUGCUGACCGAAAACCGAUAUGGCGGCCACUCUGGGCAGCGGGGAGCGCUGGACCCAAGCUUACUUUGAUGCCAUUAGAAGAAACAAAUACUCAGAAGACAGACGACCUGGCAGCCAUGAUCCCUGUGGUUGCUGUAACUGCAUGAAGGCACAAAAGGAAAAAAAGUCUGAGAAUGAGUGGAAUCAGACCCGGCAGGGAGAGGGGAGCUCCACUUAUACAGAGGAACAGCUACUUGGGGUACAAAGAAUCAAGAAGUGCAGAAAUUACUAUGAAAUCCUGGGUGUUUCUCGCAAUGCCAGUGAUGAAGAACUUAAGAAAGCUUACAGGAAACUUGCCCUGAAGUUUCACCCUGACAAGAAUUGCGCUCCUGGAGCAACAGACGCCUUCAAAGCAAUAGGAAAUGCCUUUGCGGUCCUGAGCAAUCCUGACAAGAGACUCCGCUAUGAUGAGUAUGGAGAUGAGCAGGUGACUUUCACUGCACCUCGAGCCAGAGCUUACCAUUACUACAGGGAUUUUGAAGCUGACAUCUCUCCAGAAGAACUAUUCAAUGUGUUCUUUGGAGGACAUUUUCCUUCAGGAAAUAUUCACAUGUUCUCAAAUGUGACAGAUGACAGUCACUAUUUUCGCAGGCGACACCGCCAUGAGAGGACACAGACACACAAGAGAGAAGAAGAAGAUAAAACUCAGACUCCAUAUUCUGCAUUUGUUCAGCUGCUUCCAGUUCUGGUGAUUGUGCUUAUUUCUGUCAUUACUCAGCUGCUGGCUGCUAAUCCCCCCUAUAGUCUAUUCUAUAAAUCAGCCUUGGGCUAUACCAUUUCUAGAGAAACACAGAACCUGCAGGUGCCUUACUUCGUGGAUAAGAACUUUGACAAGGCCUACAGAGGAGCUUCUCUUCGUGACCUGGAGAAAACAAUAGAGAAAGAUUAUAUUGAUUACAUCCAGACAAGCUGUUGGAAGGAGAAACAGCAAAAGUCGGAGCUGACCAAUUUGGCGGGGCUCUAUAGAGAUGAGCGACUGCGGCAGAAAGCAGAGUCAAUGAAACUUGAAAACUGUGACAAACUUUCCAAGCUGAUUGGCCUCCGGAGGGGUGGCUGAGAGGACGACGACCCGGCUCAGGAUGGGGGUUUCUUACUUGUUACUAUUUACAUUGCAAAUUCCAUUUUAUAAUACAAGUUAGGAAAAGAUGAA